GCAAUUUCCGUCGCCGAUCGGAAGCCGUCGGUAACUUUCUAUGUGGAGGUGUGUAUGUAAGUAGAGAUGGUGCCAGCUGCGGCUGUAAGUUGUACACAACCGCUCUGCAGUCCACUGGGACUGGACCCGGGGUUUAAAAUUGAUGUUUGUAUCCAUGAGCCCCUGUGGGUGGUGCCGGUAACCCGGGGUGAUGUUGCCGUGGAGAUUGUGACGCUGUGCUCACAGCUGGAACUUCUGUGUGAAAAGGAGAUGAAUGAGGGAGUAUCUAAAGAGUUUCUAUCCCAGGACAGAUAUAGGAAGUCUCUGAGCCCCACGUUUGAGUCCCAGGCCAUGGUGCUGAUUGGGAAGAUGAGGGAAGCCCUGAACAGACUGCCUCAGCCUCCUGCUUUCAUACAGGACUACUUACAGAGCACCAGUCUUUCCGGCAUGUUUCCCCGAGCUGCAGCAUACAUCGCUAACCCACAGACACUCUACAACAUGGGACAACAGGGCAGUAUGGAUGAUUACUUCCAGCACAUGGCCAGUCUACACCUGGUGUCAGCCAUGUGUCAUCAGCUCAACACAGAUGUUAACAACCUCACCAACCAUAAAUACAUCGCUCACCAGGUGGCACUGCUAUAUCAGUCGGUGAGUCCCCUAGGUAGCAGAGGUCCCCUGGCUCCACAUGAGAAGGCCAUCAAACAGAACUUCAACAACAUCAAGCAGGCCCUGACUGUCCCUGCUGACGGGGUGGACCCUCCCAGGCUGCCUCCUGACCAGACUGAAUGGAUGAACUGGCUGACAUCCUCCCUCCUGACAACAGUGUCAGACUUCCCUCCAGAGCUGAGGAGACCCAUGCAGCCUGUUCUCAGCUUCCUACAGACUCAUCAGUGACACGUGUAGUCUGCCAUACAUCUGCUUGGAGAUUAGCAGACAACAGCACAUCGGCAGAACGUACUGCGCCUACGUGAAACCAAGGAGCUUGUAGGGAAACUAUAGUUUCGUGUUAGAUGUUUGGUCAGUGUUUCUUUAGAAUCUGUAUGCAUCUGUUGGGUAAGAUUCAUAUUUUCCGACACUACAAUUCAAACUA